UAUUCAACCUCCGGGUCACUACAACCAAUGUCGGCCUCAAUCAGUCUACCGCCCAUCAGCAGCAUUGAUUUCCAUGCGCAGACAGUACAGAGGUCAUCGCCAGAUGUGAUACAACCGCUACCGCCACCUCCACCAGCGGCGCCACGUGUGCUACCACCGCUACCAUAUCCGUAUGCUGUACGACCUGCACCACCCCCGCCUCCACCUCCCCUAGGGCACGAAUACAUGCAGGCUCGACCUAUAUACCCAGGCCUCCCCUCGGGCAUUCACUCGCCUUACCAACCAAUGCAUGGGCGGAUGCCACUGCCCUCGACAACCGAUCCCAACCUCAUUGUCGCCCCGACUCGGCACAAGGCCAAGGAGGUGAAAAGGCGGACUAAGACAGGGUGCCUGACUUGCCGGAAGAGACGUAUCAAAGUGAGU